GGUGAAUUUUACGGUGGAUCAAAUCCGUGCGAUCAUGGACAAGAAGAACAACAUUCGCAAUAUGUGUGUUAUUGCCCAUAUGGAUCAUGGUAAAUCAACGCUUAUUGAUUCCCUUGUGACAAAAGCAGGUAUCAUCGCUCAGGCAAAGGCGGGAGAGAUGAGAUUUACUGAUACCAGGAAGGAUGAACAGGAAAGAUGUAUCACAAUCAAGUCAACUGCUGGGUCUAUGUACUAUGAAUUGUCUGAGGGCGACAUGAAAUUUAUGAAUGAGAAUACAGACGGCAAUGCGUUCCUGGUCAAUAGCAUUGAUACUCCUGGGCACGUUGACUUUUCAUCUGAGGUUACUGCAGCCCUACGUGUCACCGAUGGUGCCCUUGUAGUUGUUGACUGCAUAUCUGGUGUGGGUGUCCAGACUGAAACUGUGUUGCGUCAAGCUAUUGCUGAACGUAUCAAGCCUGUCCUUUUCAUGAACAAGAUGGAUAGGGCUUUAUUAGAGCUACAGCUGGAACAAGAGGAUCUCUACCAAACAUUUCAAAGGAUAAUCGAGUCUACAAACGUAAUCAUUGCUACGUACUCAGAUGAUGAUGGUCCAAUGGGGCAAAUUCAAGUGGAUCCUGCCAAAGGAACCGUUGGAUUCGGAUCCGCUCUUCACGAAUGGGCUUUUACCUUGAAACAAUUUGCUGAAAUAUAUGCUGGUAAAUUCAAAAUUGAGCCAUUGGAUCUUAUGAAACGAUUAUGGGGUGACCAAUACUUCAGUGCCAAAGAAGGGAAAUGGAACAACGUUGGAGGGGAUGGAUAUGUUCGUGGCUUCAACCAGUUCGUUCUUGACCCUAUCUACAAGAUGACCGAUGCCGUAAUGAAUUUCAAAAAAGAUUUUACAAACAAAUUGUUGGAAAAGCUUAACAUAAAAUUGACUCAGGAAGAGAAGGAGUUGGAAGGAAAGCCUCUUUUGAAACGUAUAAUGCAAAAAUGGUUGCCCGCAGGAGAGACACUGUUGCAGAUGAUAUGCAUCCAUCUUCCCUCUCCAGUAACAGCCCAAAAGUACCGUAUGGAGCUGCUUUACGAGGGUCCCAAAGACGACGCUGCUGCUCUUGGGAUCAGGGAUUGUGACGCCGAAGCACCUCUAAUGAUGUAUGUCUCCAAAAUGGUACCAUCUUCAGACAAGGGAAGAUUCUACGCCUUUGGUCGUGUUUUCUCUGGUAAAGUAGCUACUGGCUUAAAGACCAGAAUUAUGGGUCCUGCUUUUACCCCAGGAAAGAAGGAAGAUUUGUUUAACAAGAGUGUCCAGAGGACCAUUCUCAUGAUGGGACGUUACACAGAGCCCAUUGAAGAUGUACCCUGUGGCAACAUCUGUGGUCUGGUUGGUGUAGAUCAGUUCCUUGUCAAAACUGGUACGCUCACGACAUUCGAGGAGGCCCACAAUAUGAAGAUGAUGAAAUUCAGUGUAUCUCCUAUUGUACGUGUUGCGGUAGAACCAAAAGACCCCCAACAUCUCCCAAAGCUUGUGGAGGGCCUAAAACUGCUCGCCAAAUCGGAUCCCAUGGUAUUAACCCUCACUGAAGAAUCAGGCGAACAUAUCGUUGCCGGAGCUGGAGAACUCCAUUUGGAAAUCUGCUUGAAAGCUUUGGAAGAAGAUUACGCUGGAAUUCCCCUGAAGAAAUCCGAUCCUGCUGUAUCUUACCGUGAGAGUGUCGAAGAAAAUUCCAGCAUGACUUGUCUUUCUAAAUCUCCAAACAAGCACAAUCGUCUUUUCUUCACAGCGUCUCCCUUGGCAAAAGGUCUUCCCGAGGAUAUCGACCAGGGAAAAAUCUCUCCCCUUCAAGACAACUUGGCCCGUGGUAAAUAUCUUGUUGACAAAUAUGAUUGGGAACCCGGAGAAGCAAGGAAAAUCUGGUGUUUUGGACCUGAAGGCACAGGGCCCAAUCUGCUAGUGGAUGUCAGCAAAGGAGUGCAGUACCUCGAUGAAAUCAAAGACAGUGUUGUUGCUGGAUUUCAGUGGGCAACUAAAGAGGGAGUACUCUGUGAUGAAAACAUGCGUGGUGUGAGAUUCAACAUUCAUGAUGUGACACUUCAUGCUGAUGCUAUCCAUAGAGGAGGUGGUCAGAUCAUCCCUACAGCAAGAAGAGUCCUCUAUGCCUCUGUACUUACAGCCAAGCCCUGUCUAUUAGAGCCAAUAUACCUUUGCGAAAUUCAGUGUCCACAGGAUGCCACAGGUGGAAUAAACUCAUGUCUCAAAGGAAGGAGAGGAGACAUAUUCAAAGAGACUCAAAUUAAAGACACUCCUUUGGUUAAUGUGAAGGCCUGGCUGCCUGUUAACGAAUCUUUUGGAUUCACUGCUGAUCUUCGUUCGAGGACACAAGGAAAAGCCUUUCCGCAAACUGUUUUUGACCAUUGGCAACUGUUCAAAGGAGACGUCAAUGACUCUACAUCCGAUCCAGGCAUCGUUGUCAUAGAAACAAGAAAAAGGAAAGGAUUGAAGGAAGGAAUUCCGCCUCUAGAUGACUUUUUUGACAAAUUAUAAAUGAGGGAACAGUAUCAUUAUGAAAAAAAUCUAUGGCACAUUAAAGACAAAUUAUGUUUUUCUCUUAUCACACACUUCAAGAAAUGUACGUACGUUCUCUUACUACUGCUCGAAACACAAUCAUUAAUGCUGAUUCAUAAUCAUAAGCACAACAAUAAGCAGACAUUUAUAGAGAUUGAAAUUUGGCCAGUCACUUUUUUACUGGGCCACCCUGUGAGAGUUCUAUAUUCUUUGACUCUCCGUGAAAUAUUUGUUAUAUUAAUGCCACAUGGUCAUUCAUAUUCUUAUAGUCUAUAGGGUAUCCCAUGCCCCCCCCCCCCCCCCUAGGCAGACUUAUACCAGUGUCGUCAUAAUAUGUAUGUGUCAAAUAAAGUUUUAAAGCGUAUUCAAAAUUACGUUUGCCUUGAAGACGUGUCGCAAAAAGGUGGCGCAUUUGUUUUUAAGGGUAUCGCGUGAAUGUAACUUUGAUUCCCCGGCAUAUUAGAUAUU